UCUCUUUGUGGCAAAGCAUUGUCCAUGAAGCCAGAUCAGGGUCUGGUGAGUGUUGAGGAGGUGUCUGUUCACUUCACGGAGGAGGAGUGGGCUCUCCUGGAUCUGGACCAAAGGAGGCUUCACAAGGAAGUCAUGGAGGACAACCGUCAGGAGGUGGCCUCUCUGGAAAGACUUCUGCUUUUCAAACCUGAUUCCAGAUCAGUAGCCGGAGAAGCAGGAAAUCCACUUUUCGAAGACCCAGAAGAAAAAGAGAGAUCAGCAGAGGUGGAAGGUCCCCAGAAUACGUCCAAGGGAGAACCACAACAGAUCCUGUUGGAAGAAAAACAGCAAAGAAGAAACACUGGAACAAAAUGGAAAAGGGGAAAUGAAUCUUCUUCUUCUCAGGGUGCAGAAUCCCAGGUCUUUGGUACGCACAGAGCAAUCCACACUGGGGAGAAACUAUAUAAAUGCUUUGGGUGUGGAAAGAGCUUUGUUCGGAGUUCACAACUUACUCGCCAUCAACGAAUUCACACAGGAGAGAAGCCAUAUAAAUGCUUGGAAUGUGGAAAGAGCUUUGCUCAACGUUCACACCUUACUUCUCAUCAUCCAGUUCACACGGGGGAGAAACCAUAUAAAUGCUUGGAGUGUGGAAAGAGCUUUGCUUUGAAGGGACAGCUCACUGCCCAUCAACAAAUUCACACAGGGGAGAAACCAUAUAAAUGCUUGGAGUGUGGAAAGAGUUUUGCUCGGAGUUCAUACUUUAUGGUUCAUCAGCGACUCCACAAAGGAGAGAAGCCAUAUAAAUGCUUGGAGUGUGGAAAGAGCUUUGCGCAGAGUCCAAACCUUAUGAGUCAUCAACGAAUUCACACAGGGGAGAAACCAUAUAAAUGCUUGGAGUGUGGAAAGAGCUUUGCUUUGAAGGGAGAUCUUACUGCCCAUCAGCGAAUCCACACAGGGGAGAAACCAUAUAAAUGCUUGGAGUGUGGAAAGAGCUUUAAACACAGAUCAAGCCUUACUUCUCAUCUUAGAAUUCAUACUGGGGAGAAACCAUAUAAAUGCUUGGAGUGUGGAAAAAGCUUUGCUCGGAGUUCACACCUUACUGGCCAUCAACGAAUUCACACAGGGGAGAAACCAUACAAAUGCUUGGAGUGUGGAAAGAGCUUUGCUUCGAAGGGAAAACUUACUACCCAUCAAAGAAUCCACACAGGGGAGAGACCAUUUAAAUGCUCAGUGUGUGGAAAGACCUUCAGCCAGAGCUCGGCUCUCACUUCCCAUCUGAGAAUCCACACGGGAGAGAAGCCGUACAGCUGCUCAGAGUGCGGGAAGAGCUUCAGCCAGAGCUCGGCUCUGACUUCCCAUCAAAGAAUCCACACAGGGGAGAAACCAUAUCCAUGCCUGGAGUGCGGAAAGAGCUUCAGUAAGACAACUGACCUUACAAGGCACCUAAGAAUCCACACGGGGGAGAAGCCGUACAAGUGUUCAGAGUGUGCCAUGAGUUUUUCUCAAGGGGGUAGCCUCAAAUAUCAUCAGAGGCUGCAUCUGGAGGAAGAGCCCUAUAAGUGCCUGGAGUGUGGGAGGAGCUUCAGUAAGAGUACAGACCUUACCAGACACCAAAGAAUCCACAUGGGUGAGAAACCAUUUAAAUGCUCUGUGUGCAGCAAGAGUUUCACUCAGCGCUCAGUCCUUAUCUCCCAUCAACGUAUCCACACAGGGGAGAAACCAUUUCCGUGCCUGGAGUGUGGGAAGAGCUUCAUUAAGAAUUCAGACCUGACAAGGCAUCAAAGAAUCCACACGGGCGAGAAACCGUACAAAUGUUCUGAGUGUACCAUGAGUUUUUCUCAAGGAGGGAGCCUUAAGUAUCAUCAGAGGUUGCACCUCGAGGAAGAAACAUAUAAGUGCUUGGAGUGCGGGAAGAGCUUCGGCCAGAGUGCGAGCCUAGCUUCUCAUCAAAGAGUUCACACAGGGGACAAACCAUAUAAAUGUACUGAGUGUGGGAAAAGCUUCAGUCUGAAGAAGAUCCUCACUGUCCAUCAAAGAAUUCACACGGGGGAGAAGCCAUAUAGAUGCCUGGAAUGUGGGAAAAGCUUCAGGGUGAGUGGAAACCUUACUGUCCAUCAAAGAAUUCACAGAGGGGAGAAACCAUAUAAAUGCCUGGAGUGUGGGAAAAGCUUCACUCAGAGUGGAAAACUUACUUCCCAUCAAAGAACUCACACAGGGGAGAAACCAUAUAAGUGUAUGGAGUGUGGGAAAAGCUUCACACAAGCUGGGAAUCUUCAUGUCCAUGAAAGAAUUCAUGGAUUGGAGAAACCACAUAAAAGCCUAGAGUGUGGGAGAAGCUUCACUCUAUGCGGAAACCUUACUUCCCAUCAAAAAACUCACACAUGGGAAAAAUCAUAUGAAUGCCUGGAGUGUGGGAAAAGCUUCAGGGAGAGUCGGAGCCUUAGUUCCCAUCAAAGAAUUCACACAGGAGAGAAACCAUAUAAGUGCCUGGAGUGUGGGAUAAGCUUCAGUGUGAGGAAGAACCUUAUUGGCCAUCAAAGAAUUCACACAGGUGAGAAACCAUAUAAAUGUAUGGAGUGCGGAAAAAGCUUUAAUUUGAGGAAGAGCCUUACAGGUCAUCAAAGAAUUCACACAGAGGAGAAGCCGUAUAGAUGCCUGCUAUGUGGAAAAGGCUUCAAGGUGAGUGGAAACCUUACUUCCCAUCAAAGAAUUCACACAGGUGAGAAACCAUAUAAAUGUAUGGAGUGUGGGAAAAGCUUCAAUCUGAGGAAGAGCCUUACUGGCCACCAAAGAAUUCACACGGGGGAGAAGCCGUAUAAAUGCCUGCAAUGUGGAAAAAGCUUCAGUCUGAGAGGAAACCUUGCUUCCCAUCAAAGAACUCACACAGGUGAGAAACCAUAUAAAUGUAUGGAGUGUGGGAAAAGCUUCAGUCUGAGGAACAGUUUUACUCGCCAUCAAAGAAUUCAUACGGGGGAGAAGCCGUAUAGCUGCCUGCAAUGUGGAAAAAGCUUUAGUCUGAGGGCCAGCCUUACUAACCAUCAAACAGUUCAUACAGGGGAGAAGCCGUAUAGAUGCCUGCAAUGUGGAAAAAUCUGCCGAAAAUAUAUACUAACUUCCCAUCAAAGAAUGCACAAAGGGGAGAAACCAUAUAAAUGCCCAGAGUGUGGGAAAACCUUCAGUCAGAGUGGGCACCUUUCCUACCAUCAAAGAAUUCACACAGGGGAAAAACCACAUAAAUGCCUUGAAUGUGGAAAAAGCUUUAGUCAGAGUGGAAACCUUGCUUCCCACAAAAGAAUUCACACAGGAGACAAACCAUAUAAAUGCCUGGAGUGUGGAAAAGACUUCAGUCAGAGUGGAAACCUUGCUUAUCAUCAAAAAGUUCACACAGGGGAGAAACCAUAUAAAUGCCUGGAGUGUGGGAAAAUGUUAAGUGACCAUAAAAGCCUUACUUGCCAUCAAAGAAUUCAUACAGGGGAGAAACCAUAUAAAUGCUUGGAGUGUGGGAAAAGCUUCAGUCGGAGUGGAAACCUUAAUGUCCAUCGAAGAAUUCACACAGGGCAGAAACCAUAUAAAUGCAAGGAAUGUGGAAAAAGCUUCAGCAGUGGUGGACACCUUUCUUCUCAUCAGAAAGUUCACAGAGGGGAGAAACGAUAUAAAUGUUUAGAGUGUGGGAAAAGCUUCAGAUGGAGUGCGGAACUUAUUCCCCAUCAAAGAAUUCAUAGAGGGGAGAAACCAUAUAAAUGCCUGCAGUGUGGGAAAAGCUUCACUCAGAGUGGAGGCCUUGCUUGUCAUCAAAGGAUUCACACAGGAGAGAAACCAUAUCAGUGCCUGGAGUGUGGGAAAAGCUUCAGUCAGGGAGGAAGUCUUGCUUCCCAUCAAAGAAUUCACACAGGGGAGAAGCCAUAUAAAUGCAUGGAAUGUGGGAAAAGCUUCAGAGUGAGGGACAGCCUUACAAGCCAUAAAAGAAUUCACAUGGGGGAGAAGCCGUAUAGAUGCCUGCAAUGUGGGAAAAGCUUCAGGAACAGUGGAAGCCUUGCUUCCCAUGAAAGAAUUCACACAGGGGAGAAACCAUAUAAAUGCCUAGCAUGUGGGAAAAGCUUCACACAAGGUGGGAAUUUUCAUGCUCAUAAAAGAAUUCACAGAGGGGAGAAACCUUAUAAAUGCCUAGAGUGUGGGAGAAGCUUCACUGUACAUGGAAACCUUACUUCUCAUCGGAGAAUUCACACAGGUGAAAAACCAUAUAAAUGCCUGGAGUGUGGGAAAAGCUUCAGGAAGAGUAAUCACCUUACUUCCCAUCAAAGAAUUCACAUGGGAAAAGCUGUAUAAAUGCCUGGAGUGUGGGAAAAGCUUCAGUCCGAGAGGCAACCUUGCUUCCCAUGAAAAAAUCCAAACAGGUUAAAAAUCAUAUAAAUUCCUGGAGUGUGGGAAAAGUUUUAACCAGAGUGGACAUUUUACUUUCCAUCAAAGGAUUCACACGGGGAGAUGCCAUAUAGAUCAUUGUAUUGUUGAAAAAGCUUCAGGGUGAGGGGAAGCCUUACUUCCCAUGAAAGAAUUCACAUGGGGGGGCAUGGCGAUGCCAAUUUGAAAAUGGCCGCCUGAAUCUACCGCUCCGAGGAUAACCUCCCCUCUUCUAAUCACCAAGCAAACAAACUGAGAGAUUAACAGGAACAGUGUAUGGAGACAGAAAGAGAAACACUUCCUCAACACAAAAAUAUCAAAAACAGUAAGGUACAAGUAAAAAUAAACACAGCAUUGGGAUCGUUUCUGCCAGCGCAGUGCCGCUUAAUAACUGCCAAAAUGGCGCUGACCAAUACUGAUGCAGAAAAACAAAAUGCCCCUGUCACAACUGCCUACCUAGCAGCGGCGUUUGUUGAAAAUCAAAAGACAAUGCUAGACAGUUAAUCCACAAUGCUGAAACCUAUAUAUGACCAGUUAGAAUAAUGCAGAAAAGUAUCAGAGAAACAAAAGGCAUUGCCGAAACCGUGAUAACUAACACCAUACUAAAUCAAAAUGCUAUACGUGAAAUACAUUAGAG